AGACGAAUCUCUUGACUAUUGAUAACAUCUUUUCCUCAACAUCCAUCUCCGCAUUUUUUGCCAGCUUUGCCGGAAGCUUCCUUUUCCUCUCGACAUUCUCUUUCGGGUAACAUAUUAGUGACGUCAUCAACUACCACCCCUCCAUCUGACUUUAGUACUUUAUUACUUCCUUCCCCCCACCUUCUCUCCAUCCUCCUCUCAAGCAUCGACUGUUGAAAUCUGUCUAUUACGAGAAUUCCUCCAAGAACAAACUACCUACUAUCUUACCAAUUACUCAAUUGAUCUCCUAUCACCACACUAUCCGCCAAAAUGCCUCGCGCCGUUGAACAAACCUCCAAGAUGUUCUACAAGGGAUCAUCUGACGACUUCGUCAUCUUCGUCGACGACAACGAGAUCGUGAACAAGUGGCGCAACGACCGCUCAAUCCCUCUUGCCGACGUGGUCAACGGCUUCAAGAUCUUCGUCACCCACAAGCACGGUGCCCAGGGUGUCCUUGACAACGCCAGCAAGUCGAGCCUCCAGAAUGAGUUCGGCACUGACAACGAGGACGAGGUUCUGAUCAAGAUCCUGGAGAAGGGUGAAUUCCAGAGCACCCAGUCCCGUGAGCGUCAGGACGACACCAACUUCCGUAACGGCCCUGCUCUUCGAUAGAUGCAUGCAUGAUGAGCUCAGCAUUCUCUAAUGCUGCUGCUGCUGCUGCUGGCUGGCUGGCUGGCUGGCUGCGUGCCCCUUCUUCUCCUCCCUCCCCGCCUCGUUGAGAUUGAUGAAGGUCGGGUACACGGAGUCUUAGGGAUUUCUGUUCUGUUUCUUUUCUCUUAAUGAGCCCAUGUGUUUCUAGCGGAUGAUAUGUUUUAAACCUACAACCUACCUAGUAUUUGGGGUUUUGAAACGUGUGUGGAGUUAUGAGUGCCGUG